GAGGGGGGCUCGCCCAGGCCGCCCGCGGGGUUUCCUGUCGCUGCGGUCGCCCGAGCCCACACUCGGCCCGAGAUGACGGCGAUCAAGCGGGUGGCGAAGGAGCUGGAGGAUCUUCAGAAGGAGCUUCCCUGGUACCUGCGGAACCUGGUCUGUGAUGUUGCCAACGUCUUGGUGUGGCACGUGCUCCUGCUGCCUGAGACGCCGCCCUACAACCUCAGGGCCUUCCAGCUGCGCAUCAACUUCCCCAGGGAGUAUCCGUUCAAGCCCCCAACGGUGACGUUCACAACCAGGAUCUACCACCCCAAUGUGGACACUGACGGCCAGGUGUGCCUACCCAUCAUCAGCAAAAAUAACUGGAAGACUUAUACCAAGGCCUACCAAGUCCUGGAGGCUGUCAAUAUGCUGGUAAAUAGGCCGGACCUGAGGGAGCCUGUGCACCUGGAGCUCGCUGACCUGCUGACACAGGACCCGGAGCAGUUCCACAGGAACGCCGAAGAGUUCACCCUCAAGUUUGGAGAGGACCGGCCUUCCUAGCUCCGGCGCUGCCCCUCUGCAGCGAUCCUGUCUGCGUGAUGGACAGACACAUGGCAUACACUGGAGCCAGAGCCCCUUGGUGGCCCAUCUCCUGCUCAGUUUUUCUGUUUUUUCCUUCCUAGGUUGUUCGCUGUUCGUUGUGUGUGUGGUAUGUGUGGACCCAGUUCCAGGCUCACCUGGCCACAGGGGUGCUUUCCCACGCCCUUUCUGUGCCCCAGAGCCGGGCAGUUUAGGUUUGCAGGGUCACAGGCCAGCUCUCACUAGCUGCCCCAUCUUAGAGGUCACCUUCCAGGCCAGUUGGAAGGAAAUGAGCCCAGCAACCAACCAGAAUCUCCUUGGGACCCAGACAUCUGGGGGCAGAGGGGAAGUGUGUGUGUCGGGGGGGAGGCAGGGCACAUGGAGGGAGUCACUUGUGAUUGGGAGAUUUGUUGAUUAUAUGACUGAUGAUGUUAUCAGGCAGGCUACUGAUAGUCAUGUGUAGAUUUAGGUGCUAAACCUUUUCCACUGAUGAAUCCCUAAGUGAAGAAUCUGAUCUGUAUCCCAGAAAUCUGACUACAUGGUUUCCAAACCACUGGCAAGCCCAUUAGGUUGCCCCUUCCUGGGGGUCAGGCUUCAGGCUGGGAGGAAUGGCUCCUUCAGCUUCCAGUCCAGGGGGAGUCAUGGAAACCAUGGGUUUUUCCAGCCAUUAAAGUUGGAGAUAAAUUGUGGAGUGUGGCUCAGUGUUCAUUGAGGGG